CGAGUGUAUUUAUUUUUUAAGUCGAAGUAUCGAACUCUCUUGAAGAGUUUCAGACGUUCGUGAACGUGGGUAAUUCGUGUUACGUAUUCUUUUCUUUCUUCCCUAAAUAAUUACUUAAUUCCGACUUUUUCGCUUGUAUAAAUUGUUCUCUUCAGUUUAAAAUAUACGUAACUAAAAAAAAUUACCACGUUCACGUGUCAUUACCUAUAUAAAAAUAAAUAAAAUUUGGAUAUAUCAUUUAAAGUUUUCUAGUGAAUAUUGAAAACAGUUUCGACUUCUUAGACUUAGUUCACGUUAAAAUAUUUUGAAAUGGCUGCUGAUACUCUGCGAGUUUUAAGGAAAAGACCAUUAGAAGAAUAUGAUGAUGAUUACAAACCUUUGUCUAAACGACUGCACAGCAUGUAUUUGAAAGAUGGUCCACUUUCCGGUGAAAACCAUCCAGGAGUCACAAACGCCUACGGUAAUGCAUCUACAUCAGUACAAUAUAGCCAGCAAACGGCAACUGAUUAUAGUCAUUCAGAUGUCAAUAGUCAACAAAACAUUAGAGUGGAAGACCAACAAAAUUUACAUUAUGAUCCAGAUCUGACUUCCGAUCAAAAUCCGUUCUACUAUGAGAGCAACAGAUUAUUAUUUGACCUUCAUGUAGAAAGGGUCCAUCGUCAUGGUCAAUAAUAAUUUUAAUUUAUACUACAAUAAAUAUUUGUUUUACCCUAAAAUUAAAAUAUUUACCGACUAUAGUCCCUCAUGGCAUAACAUCAUAUUACAAUAAUAUGUCGACUUUGGUUUGGCUAUAUUAUUAUAACUUCAACUUAGUGUUCAUAUAUCUAUGUUAAUUUUUCAUCAACUAGUAAUGGACAU